AUGACUACAUCAUCCUUCGCUGAAAGCGACGUCUCUCUUCACAAUAUGACUACAUCAUUCUUCGCUGAAACCGACAUCUCUCUUGCUGACUCCACGGGCAUGACGAGCUCCGAAGCCAUGAUCCAGCCAGGGCCUUUCAUCGUUGCUCGUCCCAAAGGCAGCGCUCGUAUGGCCAAGCUUGUUGUUAUCGCUUGCCUGCCGUCACUUCCUAAGCCUACUACUCCUUAUCAGUCCGAACUCGAGGACCAGAAGCUCAAAGGCAUUCAAUCGGGUACUUGUGCCACUGCAGAAUCCGCUCCACUUACUCUCAUUGACAUGUCUGUCUUCGAUUCUGCUGGCAUCAUAGCCCAGUUGGACAAGCAAUCAAAAGGAUCAAUCCUACCUAUAUUGACAAAGGCGUCUCUUGAUUUAAAGUCUCUCGAUGGCUUUGAGGAGUUGCUAACGAGUCUGUUGAUCAGCCGUGAACCGGAAUGGGGAUUCAAGGUGAUAUUCAUUGUGGUUGGGAGUGCUUUACUUGGUGGGAUUGUCAUGUUUCUGGCGCUUGCCUUUCUUUAG